AUGCGCAGCGCAGCUUUCUCCGGCUCUUUCUUUCACCUCACCCCUCCUCCCUCCUCCUCAGCCCUCGCCCGCCGCGGUUGGCGUUCCAGCACUGUGCCCAGCGUGGUCUUAGAGGGCGCCCGGGUAGCGGGUGAGGGAUGGUCCUGGUCCGGCAGUUUGGGAUAUAUGAGCUAG